AUGUCAACAAUGCAGAGAAGUGAGAGCAUGAAUACCUUCUUCGAUGGGUAUGUGCAUUCUAAGACUUCAUUGAAGCAGUUUGUUGAACAAUAUAAGCGUGCAUUAAGGAAUAAGGUUGAGAAGGAGUUUCAAGCCGAUUUCAAGGAAGUUCAACAAGAGUUCAUGGGAAAUGUAUACUGCGAUGUCGUAUCUACAAUAGAAGGAAGUUCUUAUACGACCUAUGAUGUACGGGAGUGUAUUACAUAUGAAGGUGGUCAUAGAAGGAAAACAUUCGUCGUCUCAUUCCAGAGAAAUAAAUGUGACAGCUGCUAUCACAGUGCUGAUUUACAACGAUGUCACAUACAUUUCAGAAGAUACAUAUUGCAGAGAUGGAGGAGAGAUGUUAUCAGAGCACACACGAGGGUUGCUGUAAACUACGCUGGGUUAGUUAGUACUCCCUCACAGUUGAGAUAUGAAGAGAUGUCAAAGGCUUUUGUGAAGGUGGCAAACCUUGCUGCAGACGAUGAAACGCGAAAUGUACUGGACCCAAAAUUUGCCCAACGAAAGGGUGUACCAAAAAAAAUUUGGAGAAAAAGCCUGCUGGAGACGGCCUCGAAUAAAGUGAAGAGAAGAUCAUGGGACGUGUUUUUACAUGAAGAGAAGAUCAUGUUUCCUAGUUUGAGCUUUUAUCAUAGAAUCCUAAUAGAUUUUCUGAUGUCCUAG